GCUGCUCAUUUCAGUGUGUGAGUCAGUCAGAGCUGCACAUGCUGCUUACAGGAGAAGCACAAACCCCCUUUUAAAGGGAUCUAGACAUUCUAGGAGUAAGAUCAGAGACAGACAUGCUGUUCAAGGAGCUGUACACCCCAUUUUUGCUGCUUUUCCUGCACUCCUCAGUCAAGAGUCUGGAGCCCUAUGAUCUGCUUUAUGAAAAUGGAAUAGAAGCCUAUUACAGAAAUGAUUACCAAAUGGUCAUUGAUUCUAUAGAAAAGGCUCUGAGCAGCUUCUCCCAACUUAGGCAAACCAAGAUAAGCUGCAGGUUGGGUUGUAAGCAGAGGUACCCUUUAGAGCUCACCCCCAGGGACUGGGAUUUAAGCUUUGCCAGUGUAAUGUUGUCUAGGUCAGCCUGUGUUAAACAAUGUGAAGAGAGCAGGCUGGGAGCCCUGUCCAGGCACAGAGUCAGUGAGGACAUCAGAAGUGAGUUCCAGCGCAGAAUUCCCUACAACUUCCUGCAGAGGGCGUACUUUAAGUUGAAUCGGCUGGAUGAAGCCACUCAAGCUGCUCAUACCUUCUUUAUGGCCAAUCCCGAGCAUAUGGAAGUGCAACAGAAUUUAAAAACGUAUCAAACCAAGUCAGAUAGCCCACUGGUUGACAGGGAGAGUCAUGCUUAUAUGGAAGAAUAUCAUACAGGUUUGACGCUCUAUGAUAAGGAACAAUUUGAACAGGCUAUCAAGCACUUUGAGGAUGCUUUGAAGGGCUAUUUUCGAGCAGACCUUGAAUGCAGAGCUAUGUGCUGGGGGCCCCAGAAAUUUGAUGAAUAUGAAUAUGUGGACUACAAAGCAACGUUGUAUGAAGUCAUGGCAGAUCACUAUAUCCAGAUCUUAGUUUGUGAACACGAAUGCAUAAGAGACCUGUCUACACGUCCAGGACGCCUAUCGCCUAUUGAGAACUUCCUUCCCUUACAUUAUGACUUCCUGCAAUUCAGCUACUACAGAGUUGGAGAUCACAUGAAAGCUUUGGAAUGCGCCAAAUCAUAUCUGCUCUUCCAUCCUGAAGAUGAGGAUGUGUUGGAAAAUGUCAGCUUUUAUGAGGGUCUUUUACAAGAUUAUUUGGAUCCAGCUGAUGUGAGGCCUAGGAAGGAGGCUGAAGAAUUUUUAAGACGUCACAGACUGGAAUCAGAAAUCAUACACAUUGCAGCUCAAGGACUUGGGUUUACAUAUAAUGAGCCAGACUUUUGGGUUACCGGUGGAGAUAGGCAAGAUGAAAACAGAAACACAUCCUUGCCUCAAGCCAGAAAGCACUACUACAGGGUUCCAUCUGGGAAUGAGUUGAUUGAUGUCAAGGGGCUUCUAUCAGGAAAAAAGGCAGUUCUAAAGAUUGAUAGAGAGCUCAGGGAAGGAGGACCAUUAUUGUAUGAUGAAGUAAAACUUGUUCACAAUUCAGAGUACCUUAAUGGCACUCAGAGGGUACAGCUGGAUAAUGUUAUUUCAGAGGAGGAAUGUCAAGAGCUCCAGGGAGUUGCCAGUACGAUAACUCUGGCUGGAGAUGGAUACAGAGGAAAAACCUCACCUCACACUCCAAAUGAGAAGUUUGAAGGUGCCACAGUGUUGAAUGCUUUAAAGUUUGGAUUUGAAGGUCGUGUUCCAAUGAAAAGUGCUCGCUUGUUUUACGAUGUGAGUGAAAAAGCUCGGAAGAUUGUCCAGUCUUACUUUAUACUGAACACUACACUGUACUUUUCUUACACACAUCUAGUAUGCAGGACAGCCUUGCAUGGUCAGCAAGACAACAGGAAUGAUUUGAGCCACCCCAUUCAUGCUGAUAACUGUCUGCUAGAUCCAGAAGCCAAUGAAUGUUGGAAGGAGUCUCCAGCCUACACAUACAGAGAUUAUAGCGCACUGUUAUACCUUAAUGGAGAUUUUGAUGGUGGGGAAUUUGUGUUCACUGAAAUGGAUGCAAAAACUGUCACGGCUUCCAUAAAACCUAAAUGUGGCCGCUUGGUUGGGUUCUCUUCAGGAGGAGAGAAUCCUCAUGGAGUUAAAGCUGUAACCAAAGGACAAAGAUGUGCUGUAGCACUGUGGUUUACACUGGAUCCUUUGUACAGAGAAGUGGAGAGGCUGCAAGCAGACGAGGUCAUACGAUCGCUAGAUCAAGAUGACCAUACACAAGGAAGAAGUGAAGAGCUGAAUAUCAAUCCUAAGGAUGAGCUAUAACAAAGAAUAUUUAAAUAAAAAAAUAUAUAUUUAUUAAUAAUCUUAUUAGAACAAAUUUAUUUUUGUACAAAGCGAAAAUGUAAUUUAUAUAAUGGAGAAAAGUGAACUCCCAUAAAUCUACUUCCCCUGAGACUUUUUUUAACUGUAUUGUGUUCUGGAAAUUACUACUGAGCAUUGUACUGUAUUACUGUUGGCGUUUUUGUUAGUUGCCAGUAUUACCCAUCCGCUAUAUGUUAAUGCUUACUCCAUAAUAAGUUCCAUUGUUCUCUUCACCUAUAUAUAGUGCUACUGGAGAUACACAUGCAAGGAGCUAACCUGUUUAGGUUGUUCUCAUACUAGUCAGAAGAAUGAAUUCUUUACUGUAAAUGAGUCUGUCAUUAUGUUUCAGCUGCUCGUUUAUUUAUUUACAUACAGUAUAUGUAACGUUCUCAUUCAAGAUUAUAUUUAUUUUUUAUGAUAAGGAAAACAUGUUAUAAUUCAUUUUUAAAUUAAAUGACAAAUAAAUCAGGGGAAUGAAUGAG